UUUUCAGUGUCAGGGACUCGGAGACUAGUCAGAAUGGAGGGAAAGAUGAACGGAGCAAAGUAAGAGAGAUCCUUGAUGAAAACCUGCUCCAGAGGGCUCAGGACCUCAGACUAGGGUGAAGGUUCACCUUCCAACAGGACAACGACCCUAAGCACACAGCCAAGACAACGCAGGAGUGGCUUCGAGACAAGUCUCUGAAUGUCCAGCCAGAGCCCGGACUUACACCCCAUCGAACAUGUCUGGAGAGACCUGAAAAUAGCUGUGCAGCGACGCUCCCCAUCCAACCUGACAGAGCUUGAGAGGACCUGCAGAGAAGAAUGGCACUCCCCAAAUCCUCAAAUACAGAUGUGGUCAGCGGCUGUAGUAGGGAAGGGUGCAACGUGUCUGUCAUGUAAAGGGAUCUGCUCUGGAUUCCUCCCCCAUUCCUGGAGAAAAGCCUGUACCCAGUGUGGCUGCGGUGUGGAAGACCACGGUCACCGCUCAGACCUGGAGGACGAUCACAAGAUGGGUCGUCUCCUCGCCAACUCCAAAUACGUCCACCUGACAGUCAAGGUGAAGGGCAUCCGAGUGUACAAACGUAACCGUAUGAUCAUCACCAACCCUGUGGUGUCCAGGAAGGACCCCACCUUCAACACCAUCACCUACGACUGGGCACCGCCAGGACUCACACAGAAACUGGCCAUGCUGUAUAUGGAGUUGCUCCCAGAAGAAAAGCGUCCUGUAGCAGGGACUGAGGGAGCAAUGUACCGACGCAGGCAGCUGAUGAGACAGCUGCCUGUCUACGACCAGGACCCCUCCCAGUGCCACGGGCCACUACCAGAGGAUCAGCUCCAGGCCAUGUCUGUCUUUAUGAAGCGCUACAAAGAGGAGGCUCUAGGAGUAGGGGAGGUGGCGCUGCCUGGGGAGGGAGGCGCUAACCCUCCGCCCGUCGUCAAAGGAGAAAAGCCGAAGGACGGAACUGGGAAUGGGCAGGCCACCAAUGUCCAGCCAGACCCUGUUGAUACUCCUGCCACCAAUGGGACUGACUGCUGUAAAAGUGAAUAUCAUUGCAGUGGUUGCGGGGAGCUCGCCCCCCUGGACAGUCCUGUGGUGUAUGCAGAGCGGGCGGGCUACGACAAGCAGUGGCACCCAACCUGCUUCGUGUGUUCAGAGUGUGGAGAGGCUCUGGUGGAUCUAGUGUACUACUGGAGGGAGGGAGAGCUGCUCUGUGGAAGACACUACUGCCAGAGGACCAGACCACGCUGUUCGGGAUGUGAUGAGCUGAUCUUCUGUGAGGACUACAAGAAGGGGGCAGAUGGCCAGGCGUGGCACCAGGACCAUUACUGCUGCUGGCGGUGUGGCCAGAGUCUUGACAGCCCCUGUUCCUGUCCCCAAACACCCAGCCCCAAACCUGUUUAGGCCCUCCACCACCCAGCCGUAACCAAGACCGCUUCUGACAGUUCCUGUCCCCAAACACCAAGACCAGUUUGACAGGCCCAUGCUCUUUACUCCAAACACCAAGACCAGUUUGACAGGCCCAUGCUCUUUAUACCAAGACCAGUUUGACAGGCCCAUGCUCUUUACACCAAGACCAGUUUGACAGGCCCAUGCUCUUUACACCAAGACCAGUUUGACAGGCCCAUGCUCUUUACUCCAAACACCAAGACCAGUUUGACAGGCCCAUGCUCUUUACUCCAAACACCAAGACCAGUUUGACAGGCCCAUGCUCUUUACACCAAGACCAGUUUGACAGGCCCAUGCUCUUUACUCCAAACACCAAGACCAGUUUGACAGGCCCAUGCUCUUUACACCAAGACCAGUUUGACAGGCCCAUGCUCUUUACACCAAGACCAGUUUGACAGGCCCAUGCUCUUUACUCCAAACACCAAGACCAGUUUGACAGGCCCAUGCUCUUUACACCAAGACCAGUUUGACAGGCCCAUGCUCUUUACUCCAAACACCAAGACCAGUUUGACAGGCCCAUGCUCUUUACACCAAGACCAGUUUGACAGGCCCAUGCUCUUUACUCCAAACACCAAGACCAGUUUGACAGGCCCAUGCUCUUUACUCCAAACACCAAGACCAGUUUGACAGGCCCAUGCUCUUUACUCCAAACACCAAGACCAGUUUGACAGGCCCAUGCUCUUUACACCAAGACCAGUUUGACAGGCCCAUGCUCUUUACUCCAAACACCAAGACCAGUUUGACAGGCUCAUGCUCUUUACUCCAAACACCAAGACCAGUUUGACAGGCCCAUGCUCUUUACACCAAACACCAAGACCAGUUUGACAGGCCCAUGCUCUUUACUCCAAACACCAAGACCAGUUUGACAGGCCCAUGCUCUUUACUCCAAACACCAAGACCAGUUUGACAGGCCCAUGCUCUUUACUCCAAACACCAAGACCAGUUUGACAGGCCCAUGCUCUUUAUACCAAGACCAGUUUGACAGGCCCAUGCUCUUUACACCAAGACCAGUUUGACAGGCCCAUGCUCUUUACACCAAGACCAGUUUGACAGGCCCAUGCUCUUUACACCAAGACCAGUUUGACAGGCCCAUGCUCUUUACACCAAGACCAGUUUGACAGGCCCAUGCUCUUUACACCAAACACCAAGACCAGUUUGACAGGCCCAUGCUCUUUACUCCAAACACCAAGACCAGUUUGACAGGCCCAUGCUCUUUACACCAAGACCAGUUUGACAGGCCCAUGCUCUUUACACCAAGACCAGUUUGACAGGCCCAUGCUCUUUACUCCAAACACCAAGACCAGUUUGACAGGCCCAUGCUCUUUACUCCAAACACCAAGACCAGUUUGACAGGCCCAUGCUCUUUACUCCAAACACCAAGACUGGUUUAGACUCCCCCUUUACCCAUCCACCAGCAAACCCAUUACACCAAGGCUGGCCAUCUUCUAGAGAUAAAAUCACAUAAUAUGUAUAUGAUAAUGAUGUCACUGAGCUAACCCUUCUCUCGGGGACCUACAGUACCCCUGCAGGAUUUCCAUUCAUUUCCUUUUAAACCCUUUAAUAAAGUCCUCAGUGAUUGGUUGUGAA